CUCUUGCUCAACAUUACCGUCCCCAUUGCGUAGAUGGGACCCCUACGGGCCCGACGCGUCUCGGCUCCAUGGCAACAGAAACGUUCGGCCCCGAAUGCUCUCUAUCGGACGGACAGUACAGCAGAAUGUGUGUAAGCCUGGUUUUGCUGGGCCGGCCCUGGCACCCUCGGCCGUCAGUUGGACAGACUCGGGUGAAUCAGUGACGAUGAGGCAGUUGGGAGGGACACCAAGACCGAAGCGGAUAGCCGCAGCAAAAGAUUGUGACACCAUCUCCAUGUCCAAUCGUCCACCAGUGGAAGUGCCCCUACAGCCACGACCACAGCUAUCAGCGAUAGCGAAAGUGACAGCAACAGCUAUAUGGUCGUCUGGACCAUUUACUGGCCGCGGCGCACGUGGACGUCGAGCCCCAUGCCUCCAAUCCGCGGGCAACUACUUGGGAAAUGCCAUUGCAGGCAGACCGAGACCCGCAAGCCACAAAUUCACGCAUGGCCCGGACGUCCUGUUGGUUGACAUAUCCGAUAUUCCGGGUGCACACACAAACGCGAUGCCCUGGCCAGCAGGCACCCUUGCCAGAGAAGCGUUAGUCGAGAGCAAGCGACCGUCGCCAGAGCCGCGAGCUCCCGAAGUCGACGGAUGCCAUGAUGCGAGGAUAACGCCUCCAAGGCCUAAAGGUGAACUUUAUUCGGGCUUGCCGCCCUAAAGAGUGCUACUCUUCGACCUAGUCGCCACACGGGCAUGUCGCACGGCGAGAUGUUCUUUCCCGAGCGAGCGAGCAGGGGCGGGCGCGCACAAUAGUAUGCACCCACGAGCGAGAGACACAAGAAAGCAGCGGUACUUUCCC